UUUUGUUCAAUUUCAGUAUCCGUUUUCUGCUGAGAACUGAAGAAGAGAGCAGCCAGAUUGGGGAAUUACUUUGGAAAAAUGCAACGCGAAACAACUAUUUAACAGAAUGGACCAAGUUAUCAACUGCUUUCAUAAGCGACCCGAGGCCGUGGCCAGGCUGAUAUGCUUCCCAUGGGCAGGAGGAGGCUCCAUCCAUUAUGCACGCUGGGGCAAAAUCCUCAGCGCUAUUGAAGUUUUUGCUGUUAAACUUCCUGGUAGAGAGACUCGUGCCAAAGAGCACUUUUUUCAGAGCAUGGAGCAGAUUGUUGAUGAAGUCAUCAGUGUGCUUUUGCCAGUACUGAAGGAGAAGCCAUUUGCUCUCUUUGGUCACAGCUUUGGUGCCAUGGCCAGCUUUGCUCUAGCACAUACUCUGAAGAGAGUCCACAAGCUGGAACCAAUUCACAUGUUCCUGUCUGGUGCCUCUGCACCAUAUUCUGAGAUGCGUAUCCAAGCUCCAACAAGAAGUAAUUUAUCAGACGAGGAGUUCUUGCAGUGGAUGACAAGGAUUGGUGGGACACCCCCCGAGUUAUUGGCUAAUUCUGAGGUGAUGAAACUCUUCCUUCCUGUGCUGAAGGCAGACCUCUGUGUGGUAGAGAACUACAGGUGCAAUAGGCCAGUAACACCUCUCCUCUCCUGCCCAGUCACAUGCUUUGAUGGAAAGCAAGACAUGCCUCAUGACUUAGAAGCAUGGAAAGACAUAUCAUCUGGAGAUUUUACAGUUCAAAUGCUACCUGGAGGACACUUUUACUUGAAAGAUGCAUCCAAUGAGGAAAUUAUAUUGGACUGUAUCACAAAGUAUCUGGAGACUGCAGAAAUGGACUACUUGUAGUGCAGUGGCUAAACUGCUGCAUAUUGACUGACUACUUCUCUAUGUACAGUUACGUCCAGAAUAAUUGGCACUCCCAAAAAAGAAUGUUUAAAUCAUUUAAAUACUAUGCUAUAUGGUAUGCUAAAAAACACAGGAAAUUAUAUGUAUCUACUAACACAAUAAUUCAUAGGUUAUAUUUAACAAGUCAUACUUUUCCAUCUACAAAGAAAUAAGGGUGUCAAAAUUAUUUGCAAACCAUACCUUUUGCACCCUCCUAUUAUGAAAGAUGAAUUAGGAGGGACCUGAAAUCUUUACUUCAUACUGAAUUUAGCCUGUUAAUGGACUUCCCUCGUCAAAUGUGUCCAAAGACUGAGAUAAUCAUUGAAUUAAACUGAUUUUGUGGUGAAAUAA